UCAACAUGUCGACGAAGAUGGCAUCGUACGAAAAAAUUUAGGUCAUUUCUUCAUCGAUUAAAUUAAGGUUACUUAAAAUAUGUUUCAACGAUCAAAAGGAUGGCUUCCUGGACUUCUAUCGAAGCCAAAGAAUCCACAUUCCUUAGAGCAUUUGAAAUACCUACACAGCCUGCUAUGUAAGAAUCAGACAGUGACGGAGGGUAACAGGAGUCUACUGGUGGAAACACUGAGAUCCAUCUCUGAAAUCCUAAUCUGGGGAGAUCAGAAUGACAGCAGUGUGUUUGACUUCUUCUUGGAGAAGAACAUGCUUUCAUUUUUUCUGAGAUAUUUACAACAGAAAUCGGGUCGCUUUAUUUGUGUACAACUUCUCCAAACGCUCAACAUUCUGUUUGAGAAUAUCAGCAAUGAAACAUCACUCUAUUACCUGUUAUCAAACAAUCACAUCAACUCAAUCAUUGUCCACAAGUUUGACUUCUCCGAUGAAGAGGUCAUGGCCUAUUACAUUUCCUUCCUGAAAACCCUGUCAUUCAAGCUGAACAGGCAUACAAUUCACUUCUUUUAUAAUGAGCACACCAAUGACUUUGCCCUAUACACUGAGGCCAUCAAGUUCUUUAACCACUCAGAGGCCAUGGUCCGAAUCGCUGUCAGGACAAUCACACUCAAUGUCUACAGAGUUGAGGACAAGACAAUGUUGAAGUACAUUAGGAACCGGACUGCAGCUCCUUACUUCUCAAACCUUGUGUGGUUUAUAGGGAACCACAUACUGGAUCUUGAUUUGUGUGUCAGGAAUGAUGCCGACCAUCAGAGCAGGGACCGUUUAGCAGAUCUGGUAGCAGAGCACCUAGAUCACUUACAUUAUCUGAACGACAUCUUAUGUCUGAACAUUGAUGCCCUGAAUGACGUCCUGACUGACCAGAUGCUGAACCGCCUACUGAUUCCUCUGUAUGUGUACUCACUGACCAUGAGGAAACGGUCAACAGACAGGAUGGUUGACAGAAAACAUGUCAGCUCAGUUGUAUCCCUUUUCCUUUUAUCUCAGGUGUUUUUAAUUAUUAGUUAUGCCCCUUUAGUGAGGCAGUUGGCGGAGAUUAUUUUUCAAGGUGAAAUCAGCUUAUCUAGGAAGGAGGCUUCCCCUGAAACAAGAGUGAGAGAGUUUGUUCCCCCUGCUGAGAGCCUGGAGAAGACUUUGGAGAGUAACCGGGGGAGACCUGAUAAUAUGGAAGACAAUGGUACGCUAAUUCAGACGGGAAAUUCUGUAUUUUAUGCAAGAAUCGAGUCUCUGUCAUCGGGAAGGGGUACUGGUGAUGACAUGCCACCAGAUUCCGAACUGCCUCAGAGUCCCAGUAGUGAGGUGUUUUCUGGGGGUGAGGACAUGUCGAGUCCGAAUCAAAACUCAACGGACGAGGAGAAACUCCUGAGUUCACUGGGUCGAGGUCACAGGAUGGAGUUACCGGGGGCAACAGAUGCGGAACAAAGUCCUGCGACAUUCUCUCUGGACAACAGGCCAUACUUGGAGGCUGUGUUUACCGCCCUGGAAUGUACUGAGAAUGACUAUGAAGCACUGUUUGCCCUGUGUCUUCUGUAUGCCAUGGGACACAAUGAGGGUAUCCACCAGGAGUUGAUGGAUUCUGUUUUAUUGCCAACAGAGAGAUGUGAAACAAAAGAUCACUAUAAUGUGGCCCUGGUUGAAUGCCUCAUCAGGAUCAUUACAUUAGCCUGUCAACAUGGAAGUAAAGUCCGUUUGGCUACCUUGGAGUUGACAAUCCGACUACUAAAGCUGUUAGUAUACAAACAGGACCAAUCAUUUCUACAAGACCGACACCUGGCCUGUAUAGAAAAUGCUAGAGAAUGUAGCACUCAACUGCUCAGAAACUUCUACAAGAGUGAAGAAAUUUUCCUGGAUAUGUUUGAGGAUGAAUAUACACAAAUGAUUAAUCGUCCUCUUAAUGUUGAGUAUUUGACAAUGGAUGCCUCCAUCUUGCUACCCCCUACAGGGACACCCUUAACAGGGAUUGACUUUAACAAAAGAUUGCCAUGUGGGGAAGUGGAACGUUCCAGAAGGGCGAUUCGGGUAUUUUUUCUGGUACGAGACUUGUCCUUGACCUUGCUGAAAGAGGAAGAGCUUCAACUACCACUCAACCGUGACCAAGCUUCAGUGAAAACCAAUGACAUUUUAGACCUAAAUAACAGUGACCUCAUCGCUUGCACAGUUGUCAUGAGAGAUACGAGAAAGCAAGAGAGGCGUUUCCUGGUCAUAGACAAGUUACAGAUGAUAUUAGUGGAGCCGGACACCAGAAGACUGGGCUGGGGAGUCGUCCGAUUUGUCGGUUAUCUACAAGAUGUGGAAGUCACGGGGGAUAAAGAGGAUAGUAGGUCCCUCCACAUUACAAUCCACAGACCCGCCAGUUCUCAACAUACAAGGCCUGUUCCCCUUCUUAAUGCCAGGUUCAUCUUUGAUGAUCACAUCCGAUGUAUGGCAGCCAAGCAACGACUUACAAAAGGGCGACUGAAAGCUAGGCAACUCAAAAUGCACAUGAUUGAGAAGUUGAUUGAUAUUCCAGGAGAUUCUACUAGUAGACAGAGGCCUGUUCCAGGUCGCAGUCAUCCAGUCAGAGUGGUUGAUUCUUCACCUAGAGAUUCUACAGCACAGAGUGCUUCUAGGCCACGAUCAGGUCAUGUGUCGAGUUCUAGGAAAAGCCCAUCCUCAGGGACAAUGUCAGAAAGAAACACGAAAACUUCCUCAGUAGGAGCCACAGCAACAGAGGAUGUGGAGGUAGCAGAGGAGGCUGCAGCCUUUGCAUACCAAUCCUUUAAUCAGGACACAGGGGGAGUUGUUAAUAUGGCCCCCGAGGUCCAAAUACAACAGGAGAUCCCAUUAGAGGAUUUAUCAAGGAAAAAGAAGAGACACUCAGGGAGAAAGCUCUCAGGGACAAAGUUAAUUGGGCCUCAGUCUACUCAUCCAAGUAGAAGUCACUCCCACAGUCCUAGGCGGAAUGAGAAAAAGCAGACAAAGAAAGGACUUGCUACGUCAUUGACGGUUACAAUUACACAGCCAGAAGUCAGCAGGCCCCAUAGUAACAGUAGUCCAAUCCCACUGAGCUCCUCCCCUGCACAAUCCUCCACCUCAUCCUCAGAAAAUAGCCCUCAGACUUAUGGCUUUACUCGAGACACAUCUAGUCAGUCCCCCAAAACCCUCAGACCUGCUGAUGCUCCAACACUCUCCCUUCUUCCUCAGGGUGGAGAUCAGAUCAAUUCGGAGGAAAACUUGGGGCCUAAAUUAUUGCCUCCUACAGAGGUAGAGAGAAUCAGAAGUGUUAGUGAUGUGUCCAGCUCAAGCAGUGACACUCAAGGAGAACUGACUAGAAGCAACAGUAGUGGAUCAACUAGUGCAAGUAAACCACUGUUUGCUGUGAAAGCUUCUUCUGAAGCAGAAGUGAACAAAAACUCUGCUGGGGGUCAGAUAGUGCAGGUAGGUCAAGGUCUGGAUGAGUCCACCUCACAGCAGUUGACUAAAUUGGCUCAGAUGGUUCAGCAGCACUAUGGCUCCGUGGAGGAGGAAGAGGAUCCAGAAUCCAGUCUGGAUGGGAACCUGCAGGGUUCUAUUAAAAAUGUGUGAUAUACAUGUAUGUAAUGGGUAUUAGGUGAUAUUUAAAGUCAAGGAGUGAUUUUAUGUUAACUGCAACAAUUGGUUACAAAAAUGACUUUUAAUUGAACAAAGAUGUGAUUUCUUUUCAAAUAUAUGCAUACUUGUAUUUUGGAAAAUGUGAUUUUUUUUCAGUUUUAGAUUUUUCUUAUUCACUUUUACCAGUAGAAUGAUUUCUGCUUUAUAUAUCGGUAUGCACAGAUAACUUACACUAAAAAGAUAACAAAGAUUUUAAGAUAUUGUAAUGGUAAUAAAAGUAGCCUUAAUACAUGUGAUGCAUAUUAUUCUUUCCCAUGUAUGUUUAGAAAAUAAUGCUUGUUUAUGGUGGUCUAAAUUAUUUUUCUUUUCUUUUUUUUUGGGGGGGGGGGGUCCAAGAUUAUUUAGUUGUUUAAGGCAUUUGAAUUCAUAGACUUGGUGUCAAUUGUGAUAACUAAGAAUGCUGGUAAAACUAUUAUACAGGCAAUUUAGUAUUGAGGCAACAUUAAAAGUUGAUUUUUGCAUUGACUAUUUCAAACUAAUUCCCAACAAGUGGGGAAUCAUUGUACAUUGUGAAAUGUGAUGUGUCUCUUAAGAAUGUUCUGUGGAAACUUGUGCUCUUCUGCCUUCAAAUUAAAUAAAUUAAGGCCAUACUAAAGUCAGGAAGGGGGGUGGGGUGGGGGGGGUUACAAUAAGCAGGUACAGUGUUUAACUCUCUGGUCAGAGAGAUAUUCUAUGCAGGUGUGAAAAUGAAUUGUAGAAAAUAUUUCCAAUAUGUUGUUUACCAUAAAAUUCUCAAAAAUACAAUUCAUAUUGCAGUCAAUGCUAUAAGUUUAGCAUUUAUAGAAAAGUGGUACAAUAUUUUUUUUUUUUUUUAAAUCUCAAAACUGAACAAUUUUUUGACAAAAGAGCCUCCACUCCAAAUUUUAACCCCAUCUCAAUCUCACACUGUCACCAGGGACCCCAGGAUGCACUAUGCAAGCUUCAUUUUUGCUUUUGUUAUUGUCUAAAUAAUCUUGUAAAAAGGGUACUGGUGAUUUUUUUUUUUUUUUUUACAUUUUCAUUUCCUCAAUAAAUAUAUAGAUAUACUUUCCUUAUAAAAACUGUUUACUUUCCUUGAACCUUAAACACUUAUAUAUGUGUACUCUACUUCUACGCCUACUAUAUGUGACGCAGGGACUACUUUGGAGUGAGUAAUAGAGCUUGCAUAGCGGGUAUGAGAGACCACCCCCCCCCCCCCCCCCCCCCACUUGAGAAAAUGAGAAAAGUGUGAUGAGCCGAAAAUGUAAAUGCAGAAUAUAAAACUAAAAGUUUACUUGAGUUAUUUUAGAUUCUUUUUGCCGUUAAAGUAAAAAUUCACACAUUUUUCUCUUUUUUUCGAUUUUGUUUUGGGCUUCCUGGAGAGUUGCUAUACAGAAAAUGAAAAUGAAAGAAAAUCAAUGUGGGUUAUUCAAAGACGAUAUUUAAACUGACAUAAUAAUAGAUUAACAAGAAUUCACACAUUUUAUCUGUUAAGAUUAGUUAUCUAGGGCAAUUACUCAGAUAAUUUAUAAUUUAUUAAGGCAAUUUUGCGAUGUGUACAUUAAAAGAUCAGACUCAAGAUAAGUUAAUUUUAGAAUUUCUGUUCAUUUUAUUUUAAUUCCUGGAAGAAACUUUAUUUAAAUAUGUCUUUAUUUUUAAAGUGCAAUAUGUAUUGUAUGUGUUGUUA